AUUUAUUACAUCACCAGACCUAAAAAAAAAGAAGGCAGCAAAAUAAAAGUUGAUUAAUGCUGCCACCUUUUGCACAUCGUACACUCGCUGUCACUUCAGCCUUGCUUCUAUUUGCAUGAGUUUUCGUUGUUUUUUAGGCAUAUACCCAAAACCCACUAAAUUCACAAACAAUUUAUUAUUAUUUAAAAUAAAUAAAUAAAUAAAAAAGAAGAAGAAAAAUGGCGGCAUCUCCAGAACCAGAGGCGUGGCUUUUGGAAAAUGGAAAUAUAAAGGUGUUGAGCAAAGAGAUGAAGAAUGGCGGCCGGAGAUCCCACAACAUGUCGGCUUCUUCACUCCGGAAGAAAUCGGAUCUUUCACUGGUUUCAAGAAUUCGGGUCGGGUUGUUGAGAUUGUUUUUGGCUAAUUUGCAGGAAGUUUUGCUGGGGACGAAGCUUUCUGUUUUGUUUGUUGCUAUCCCUUUUGCCAUUUUUGCUAAAUGUCGCAAUUACGAAAGUCCAUGGAUAUUUGCUUUGAGUCUGCUUGGUCUCACCCCACUUGCCGAACGUAUCAGUUUCCUCACAGAGCAAAUUGCUUUCUUCACAGGGCCAACAGUUGGGGGACUUUUAAAUGCAACAUGUGGAAAUGCAACAGAGCUGAUAAUUGCAAUACUUGCUCUGAUUAAACACAAAGUAGAUGUUGUCAAGUACUCUCUUCUCGGCUCGAUUCUCUCGAACCUUCUUUUAGUUCUCGGAAGCUCUCUUUUCUGCGGUGGCAUUGUUAAUUUAUCCAAGCAACAAAAAUUCGACAGAAAACAAGCGGAUGUGAACUCGCUGCUUUUGUUGUUGGGAUUAAUGUGCCAUGUUUUUCCGUUAAUUUUUAAAUUUGCUGGAAAAUCUACGGAACUGAUAGCGGUUCGGACACUUCAGUUGUCGAGGGCGUGUAGCGUAAUUAUGCUAGUUGCGUACAUCGCUUAUCUACUUUUCCAGUUGUGGACUCAUCGACAAUUUUUCGAAGAACAAGAGAGUGAAGAAAACAACGACGACGACUAUGUUGUAUCGAAUGACGAAUCGCCGGUGAUUAGUUUCUGGAGUGCGUUUAUUUGGUUAGCUCUAAUGACUGGUGUUGUUGCUCUUCUCUCUGAAUAUGUUGUGGCCACUAUUGAAGCUGCAUCAGAUACUUGGGGAUUGUCUAUCAGCUUCAUUAGUGUGAUCCUACUGCCGAUAGUCGGAAACGCAGCAGAACACGCCGGGGCUAUUAUUUUUGCAUUCAAAAAUAAAUUGGAUAUAUCUUUAGGCGUUGCUCUAGGUUCAGCAACUCAAAUUUCGAUGUUUGUGAUACCAUUAAGUGUAAUAGUAUCAUGGAUCGCGGGAAUCGGAAUGGAUCUCGAUUUCGGUCUGCUUGGAACAAGCGCUCUUGCUCUAUCGAUAAUUGUAACAAGCUUCACAUUACAGGAUGGAACAUCUCAUUACAUAAAGGGACUCGUUCUUCUGCUAUGUUACGUUGUCAUUGCGGCGUGUUUUUUCCUGUUUGACGCGCCACUUUAGUCAGCAUUAAUUAAACUCUAUAUCAAAAUCUUCGUUAAUGUAUUGUAAAUAACCUUA